AUGCCGGCCAAAAAACCAAAAACUGGCGUCUGCUCUGAAUCUUCCCCGGACGUCAUGAAGACAUCGGCCAUCACAUCGCAUAAGAAAAAGAAGAAUAAAGCGCUUAAGAAAAACGGAGCGUCGAAAAAAUCUGUAUAAAUGACACACUUUUUGAUUUAACAUUCUUUAUUUUCAGAAAAAAAGAAGCGAUGGAAAUAAAACGAAACAGAACUCAAGUCUCGCUGAUAAGAAUCUUCGUAAAAACUUUGAAAAACUUUGCGAACGCAUCGAGAAGCAAGUGGCGGUUCAUGAGCGCAUUCCAUUAAAUACACAAGGAAUUGUUGAGCUCAUCGAAGUCAUCAAGAAGCAAAAGGGCAUCUCUGAAUCGCUGGAAAUCGUUGAUUCGCUGGUGGAUGUCAUCGGCGAUGCGAUCAAACAACAAUACGAAAGCCGUCGGAACGCCGCUGAGAAUUCGGAACAAGUUCCGGAACAGAGCGAAGAAUCUUCCAGACCAGAUAUUCAGAAGUUGGAGCCGAAAACUGAGUCUUCGAAUACCACCGCUCAAAAUUUGGAGCAGUCUUCGAGAGAAACGGAUCAGAAGCCGGAACGAACCAAUGCGAUCGAUGGACCGGUAAGACUGUGUUCAGUAAGAUCAGAGUCCACUUCAAUCUUCAGUCGUGCGGCGCAUGCGGCAGCCCUUCGCACCGUCUCGGCAAUUGUGACAAAUUCGAAACAGCGGAAGCGAGAAUCGAACAAUACUGGAGAAUCGGAAAAUGCUCGCACUGCGACGAGAUCCACAAUCCUCGCGAAGUCUGCAGAUUCCCGAAAAGGCAAUGCCAUUAUUGUCCGGGAGACCAUCUUCCCGGACUGUGCAUACGGCGUUACGGUGAUGACGAAGAUCAGGAAGAGUAUUCUGAUGAGGAGGAGGAAUUCGAGGAACCGCGCGAAAAGAGACAUAGGACGAAUUUUCCUGGAUGCCAGAAUCCGGUAAGAAUCGCUUUUUUCUACCCGUACAUAUGAUUCAUUUCAGCGUCACCGACCUCAGACAGGCACAUCUGAUCCGCAGCAGUUCCUCCAGAGGGCUUCGAAUUUCAUGACGGUAAAAACUGUUCAUUUCUCUCGCAUUUUUUGAAAUAAUUUUUUUUUCAGGAUUUCCAGCAGCAAGCUCACGUGCCUCUCCACGCCCCGGCUUCUUCGCAGGCUCUCGCGCUUUUCCAGGCUCCCGCUCAUUCGCAGAUGCCCGUGCUUUUUCAUGCUCCCGCGCCUUAUCAGACUGCUACUCCUCGCCAUGCUUACACUUCUUACCAGUCUCACACUUCUUACCACUGUCACACGUCUUACCAGUCUUACACGUCUUACGUUGCCUACCCGCCUGCACCGGUCUACCCGCCAGUCCAGGCUUACCCAGUUGUCCACGCCUAUCCGACUGUCCACGCUUACUCUGUUUUCCAUGCUUGUCCGCAUUACUAG